UCUCCACCCGCUCCCCAUCCCCUCCAGACCAUGGUCAGACAUCGCGAUGGACUUCGUUACAGGGCUCCCGGUCUCACAAGGUAACACCACCGUCCUCACUGUGGUCGACAGAUUCUCCAAGAUGGUCAGAUUCAUCGCUUUGCCUAAAUUACCAUCCGCCAAGGAGAUGGCGGAGAUUAUGAUGACUAAUGUGUUCAGAGUUCAUGGAUUCCCCAAAGACAUUGUUUCAGACCGGGGGCCCCAAUUUGUAUCACGGUUCUGGAGGGAGUUCUGCCGACUAAUUGGAGCCAAGGCCAGCCUAACAUCUGGAUAUCAUCCUGAAGCCAAUGGCCAGACCGAACGACUAAACCAGCAGCUGGAAACCGGCCUCCGGUGCUUGGUCUGCCAGAACCCCUCCACAUGGAGCAAGCACCUGGUCUGGGGUACCAGCCCCCUCUCUUUCCCGAGAAUGAGUUGGAAGUGUCGGUCCCCUCCGCCCAUGCCAUGGUCAAACGUUGUCGCCGUAUUUGGGCAGCCGCCCGCCAGGUAUUGAACAAACAAGGAGAUCGGAUGAAGCGGGCGGCAGACCGCAAGAGACGGCCUGCGCCCGCCUACCAGCCUGGUCAGAAAGUCUGGCUAUCAGCCAAGGACCUACGCCUCAAGGUUCCAUCAAAGAAACUGGCACCACGUUUUGUAGGCCCAUUCCCAAUCAAUAAACUCGUCGGACCUGCAGCAGUGCGGCUUCGUCUUCCCCGAUCCCUCCGCGUCCAUCCCACCUUCCACGUCAGUCAGAUCAAACCAGCCAAAGUAAGCACCAUGGUCCCAGCCACCACGUCCCCUCCACCACCCGAAAUGAUCGAAGGCGGACCAGUAUACAAGGUUAAACGCUUGUUGGCAGUACGGAACUGGGGCCGGGGCAGACAAUUCCUGGUGGAUUGGGAAGGAUAUGGACCCGAAGAGAGACAGUGGGUUCCGUCCCGCCACAUUGUCGACCCCACUCUCAUCAGGGACUUCUAUAGACUCCACCCUGAGGUUCCUGGGCCGUCAGGAGUCGGCCUUAGAGGGGGGGGUUCUGUCACACCUGGGUGAAGUCUUGUCUGGGUUUCGUCUGGUUUCAUGUUGUCUUGUCAUUUCCUGUUUUAUUUUGAAAGGUUAACUCUCCCUCUCAUUUCAGGUCACUUGCCCUUCCUCCCGUUUCACUGGUCUGAUGUCUCUCCUGAUUGCCUGAUUGUGCCCACCUGUGUCACCCUCCCUCAUGUGUAUAAAUGUCUCUUCCUCCUCUUGUCUUGUGCCAGAGUAUAUCGUCUCGUCACGUACCUCCAGCCUUUGUCCACAGCAUCAAACCAAGUUGUUAAGUAUUGCCUCGCCUUAUUUAUUGAUUUCUUUGUUUCCUCUGAGAAAGAGUGAUUUUCGUUUGCUAAAGUUUUUUGAUCAAGUUUUUUGUGUGUUAUUUCAUAGUGCCUUGCCUUCCUUUUUUCCUCCUCUUGGAGCGCUUUAGUUUGUAGUUAUAUCAGCUCUUUGUAGCGUACUUUCUGUUUAUAGUUUCUAGUCUCCUCUGCAUGAUUUUUUUACCUUUUUGUAGCUAAUCAUAGAUUUUUUUGUUAUUAGAUUCGUGUGUAAUUUUGCUGUUGCCUUUUUCCUCCCUAUGGAGUGACUUUCUGUUUAUGGCCUUAUGCCUAUAUGUCUUUUGUUUCUCUAAUGUAUCAAAGCUAGGUUCUGUAGCCGCUUUGUUUUAAUCACUCUGUUCAAAGAGAUUUCAAAGAAAACUGUUUAAAUAAAG